AGUCCACGCCAGUCGCCAGUGCUGUGGCGGAGAGGCUAGCGAGCGGUACGGACUUGGGGCUCAGUGCACGUCAGAGACCCCCCGGCCUCCCCGACGACCGCCACGCCCCCGCGAGGGGUGCCCGUCCCGCCGUCCGCGAGUGCCGUUUUGGAUAACCCAGUGUGCCAAGUGAAGCCAGUGGAUACAGUGCAGUGUGAGUGCCAGUGCCCCCAGGGAUAACACUCAAGACGGAUUACUGAGCCGCCAACAUGCAGGGCGGCAAGAACAAGCUGGUGGCGAAGCUCAAGAGCAGCUUCCUGCGCAAGUGGUGGUUCGUGGUGGUCGUGUCGCUAGGCCUUCUCAUAUUCGGCGCCAUCGUCGCCGCCUUCUUCACGUCAUGGGUCGACCUGUUCAUCGAAGGAGAAAUCGUGCUGAAGAAUGGCUCGCAGACGUUCGACUGGUGGAGGAAGCCGCCCGUGCACCCCGUCAUGCGGGUGUACAUCUACAACGUGACGAACGCGGACGCCUUCCUGAACAACGCGGAGAAGCCCAUCCUCAAUGAGCUGGGCCCCUACGUCUACGUGGAGACUUGGGAGAAGGUGGCGGUGGCCUUCAACGACAAUGGCACCGUGUCCUUCCAGCAGAAGAAGGUGUUCAAGUUCGACGCGGAGCAGAGCGUUGGCGACAUCGAGGACAUGGUGGUGGUCCCGAACAUCCCCAUGCUGAGCGCAACCUCCCAGUCCAAGCACGCGGCCCGGUUCCUCCGACUCGCCAUGGCCUCCAUCAUGGACAUCCUCAAGAUCAAGCCCUUCGUGGAGGUGUCUGUCGGCCAGCUGCUGUGGGGCUACGAGGACCCGCUGCUCAAGCUCGCCAAGGACGUGGUGCCCAAGGAGCAGAAGCUGCCCUAUGAGGAGUUCGGCCUCAUGUACGGGAAAAACGGAACUGCCAAGGAGGUGGUGACGAUCUUCACUGGAGCAAGUGAUAUUACCCGCUAUGGACUCAUUGACCGAUUCGACGGCAAAUCCGCUCUUCCCCACUGGAAGACCGACGAAUGCAACCGCAUUAAUGGCUCUGAUGGUUCCAUUUUCCCUCCUCACAUUACAAAGAACACUACCCUUUAUGUGUACGACAAAGACAUGUGCCGUCUUCUUCCUUUGAGGUACCUGCGUGAUGUGGUUACCAAUGGUGGUGUGAAUGGCUACCGGUUCACCCCCCCUGAGAAUGUCUUUGCUGAACCUGCCAUCAAUCCUGAAAAUGAUUGUUUCUGCCCCACUGGACCCCCUUGCGCGCCUCAUGGCCUCAUGAACGUUUCCUUCUGCCAAUAUGACUCUCCAAUCAUGUUGUCAUUCCCCCACUUCUACCUGGCUGACCCUAAGCUGAGAGACGCUGUCAUUGGCGUGGACGCCCCUGACCCAGAGAAGCACAGAUUGUACAUUGAUGUUCACCCUAAAAUGGGAACAGCCCUUGGUGCCAGAGCUAGAGUACAGAUCAACCUUGCUGUGAGCCAAGUAGUCGACAUUAAGCAGGUGGCCACAUUCCCUGACAUUGUUUUCCCCAUCAUGUGGUUUGAAGACGGUAUUGAUGGUCUUCCUGAAGAAGUCACUGGGUUAUUGGCUCUAGCUCAAAAUGUUCCUCCAGUAGCAAGAUCAGCACUGAUGUACGGGCUUUUCAUUCUUGGUGGGCUCUUACUUAUCUUAGCUGUUGGAUGUUUGGUCAGAUCAUCUGGUAGACAAGAAACCCUAAAUCUAGAAGGAACUCAACAUUAUGCAAAACCCAAUGAGAAGAAUGGAAAGAAUCACUCCAAUGGAAAGUCGCUUGAAACCCGCACAAAUCCUGCUUUUGAGCAAUAGGUUGUGAAUCUCUUUUCGAGAAAGACUCCCGUCCUUUAAUCUGAUCUAAUUGGAUUGAUGUGUGUUCAAAGGAGAAAGCAAAAUUGAAAUUUGAAGUGACAGAGCAUAACUAAUUUGACGAUUGAAAAUGACGUAAUUUUUAUAUCCAAAUGACAAGAUCAGUUUGAAUCAGCAAUCGGCAGUUCCUGUUCACUUCAUGUGCACAUUUUUGCCAUUUCAAUUUUAUGUUUUCCUUUUAUUUUUAAAAAUAUCCUGUACCUGUGCAUUGCAAUGGUAGAACUUUAAUUUUCAGAUAUUUAAACUUUUUUUUAAAGAUGUGCUGUAAUGUUUACAAAGCAUGGAGAGGGAGAUAAACUGUAAGCAUUAGGUCGUAUAAAUACAACAACCUAAUACUUACAAAAUUUGUGGUGCCAUUGUGAUUUAUAUGAAGUCACUGCGAGGUGUCUAGCACUCCAGAGAUGCAUUGUACCCAUUGUGUGCAAUAUAUAUUUUCUGAAUCUAAAUUUGACUGGUAAAGUACUUAAAAUAUUUUCAUGAAUGGGACCAUGACAUUCCUUCUAGUUCAAAGCAGUGGUUUUACUAUGUCAUUCAAUUUCUGUGGGUAACUGGACUUAAUCUUCACUCCUAGUGAAGAAGUGGAGCCUAUUCUAGCUCUUCUACAAUUUUUUAAAUUCUAAAUUCUUGCCCACAGCUUUGGGAACUUAAGUGCUUCAUAUCUAGUGAUCACUUAUAAAACAAAAAUUGUAAAUUGGAUUGUGAUUGUGUGCAUGUCAUUGUUUGACAUGUCCACUUGUGAGAUGUGAUGUUAUUGUCUUAGGUACUACUUCUGUUAAGUCUUUGAUUUAAUCUUGUAUUUUCUUUCGGCAGCUGUCCAUGCAGAUUUUUAUAGCUCCGUUUUAAUUUUAUUGUAUUAUGUAUUGUAUGUUUUAAUGUUGUCACUCCUUGAAGAUCAGUUUUCAUACUUUUCUCUUAAUGAUAGAAUUUCUGAUUCUUCAGUCCCUUAAAUUAUUACUCAAAAACAUGGAGAUUAAUGAAGUGCUCAUAAAUUAUGACUUGAGUCGCAUGUUGCACACUUUUACUAAAGUUCAAUAUUAAUUGUGUUAGUGAAAUGGUUACAAUUUCUGCUUUAAGCAGGUAUAUGAAUUUGCUCAAGUAUGUAGUUAUUUUCAGAUGUUUACUUAACAUUUUUUACUGAUUCCACAUUAUUGUACGUGUUAGAUCGUAUUUCCCCUGUACCCCGUCGUCUUGCCUCUUGCAAAAUUUGAGAACACACGCCUGUUUGUACAGAACAGUUCUAAUGAAAUCUAUAGACACCUUGUUUUUCACUAUUGUAGAUAAUCUUUUGGGAAAUUCAUCUUGUUCAAUUUGUAUCAUUUUGUCCAGAGGCCUUGUAUUAUAAGUAUUGCAUGAAUGAAAAUUAGUGUUAUUUUAUUGUAGGAUAAGAAAGCAGGAGUAAGUUUUAGUGGAACAUUACUCCUCGAGAAAGAACUUUAUUCGCAGGAAUAUAGGUAUGAUAAUUAUUUGUGAAACAAAAGCCGUCCAAAUUUGAAGGAGUGUACAUUAUGAUUUUGUGUGAUCUUGUAAUUUGUUGGCUCGCUUUUCAGCAUUUAAACUUGUUAAUUGGAUAUUUUUGUGGCUCUGUUUGGUUUUGUUUCAUUUGCCCUCUCUUGUUAGUCUAAAGAAGUGCAUCGAAACACGGACCAAGUAAAUUGUUGAAAAGAUAAAAAUUGUUGUAUUUGCCAUAUGUCAGAUUGAUUACUGUUUUAAAAAAGGAAAUAAAAUGUAGACUGUUUGUCUUUUUA